AUGUUUCAGGAAAUGCUUCAAAGAACAUCAGAAGAUUUUUUUCCAAAGAUGUCAAGUUCAGUUGAAGAGAUGGAUACCUCUGAUACCCAAUGGGGCUGGUUUUAUUUGGCUGAGUGUGGUAAAUGGCAUAUGUUUCAGACUGAUUCAAACAGUCAUUGUGCUGUUAGCAGUGAAGAUAUUGAAAGGAGCUUCCGAACAAACCCACAUGGUUCUGUUUCUUUUACUACUGCAAAAUUUAACUACAUGCUAGACUUUUCAGUGAUGAAACAAACCAACUUAACUACCCUUAAGCAACGUCCAAUAAAGCGAGCUCCUUUUUCUGUCAGUGCUUUCAGUUUCAUCUGUGAAAAUGAGGCUAUCCCUAUGCCUUCACACUGGGAGAAUGUGAACGCUGAGGAGCCGUAUCAGCUUAUUCCAUUGCAAAAGAAAACAAAUGAAUAUAAUGAAGUUUCUAGUCUCUUUGGAAAAACAAUGGAUAGCCACCGAAUUAAAAGAAUUAAGAGAAUACAAAAUCUAGACUUGUGGGAGUUUUUUUGCAGGAAAAAAGCUCAACUAAAGAAGAAAAGGGGUGUCCCAACUAUUAAUGAGCAGAUGUUAUUUCAUGGCACCAGUAAUGAAUUUGUAGAAGCAAUAUGUAUUCAUAACUUUGACUGGAGAAUAAAUGGGAUGCAUGCUGCUGUAUAUGGAAAGGGGACCUAUUUCGCAAGAGAUGCAUCAUAUUCCAGUCGUUUCUGCAAAGAGGACAUGAAGCAUGGAAAUACUUUUCAAAUUCAUGGUGUGAAUGUGCAGCCUCAUCUGCAUAGACAAGAUAAAGUUAUGUUUCUUGCUCGUGUAUUAACUGGUGACUAUAUCAAUGGUGAUUCAAAAUACAUGAGGCCUCCUUCAAAAGAUGGAAGUUUUGUGAACUUGUACGACAGCUGUGUGGAUAAUACCUGGAACCCAAAGAUCUUCGUUAUCUUUGAUGCCAACCAAAUCUACCCCGAGUAUUUAAUAGAAUUUUGUUAAGUUUGAAAGGAGCUGAACUGAAUAUUGUUUGUGUCUUUUUGAUACUUCUGUUCCCUUUCUAAAGACAACAAUGUAAAAACAUGAAGCAUGAAAGGAGGGAGCUGAAAGAAA